AUGGCUGAGAGAAAUGUGGCAUGUUCAUUCAAGGUUGUUUCUAGAAAGUCAUUGUUUUUCUUCUUUACAAUGACAUCAAUUUUGUUUAUCAUGUCAUGGUUCUAUGUUCUGCGUUCCACUGAUGGUCCUCAUUUUAUUGAUAACAAGUUGCCCAAUUCAAAGCUUUUAUCUACCUUUGAUAAGGGUCUGAAGCAAAAUGUCGAGUCUUCUUUUGGGAACCGAGCAAUUCUUGUGGAUAGUGAAGAUGUAGAAGAGACCAGUGAGACCAAAACUCCAAAUGAGAAGGAAAAUAUAAUAAAAUAUUAUACAGGGAAACUAUGCAGCAAAAAUGAUGAUGUUGUUCUCAAGGUUUUCAUGUAUGAUUUACCACCAGAGUUCCAUUUUGGACUCUUGGAUUGGAAACCAAGUGGGAAUAGUGUUUGGCCUGAUGUUAGAAAUGACAUACCUGGUUACCCUGGGGGCUUGAAUUUGCAACAUAGUAUAGAGUUUUGGCUUACAUUGGAUAUUCUUGCUUCAGAAUUUCCUCAUUCAUCUAAGGCUAAGACUGCAAUCAGAGUUAGAAACUCUAGUGAUGCCGAUGUUAUAUUUGUACCAUUCUUUUCAUCCUUGAGCUAUAAUCGGUACUCAAAAAUUAACCCGCAUGAGAAGAAGACUAGGAACAUGGUCUUGCAAGAGAAGUUAGUGAAGUAUUUGAAAGCUCAAGAGGAAUGGAAGAGAUCAGGAGGAAAGGAUCAUUUGAUUUUAGCUCAUCAUCCCAAUAGUAUGUUGGAUGCAAGAAUGAAGUUAUGGCCUGCUACAUUCAUUCUUUCAGAUUUUGGUAGAUAUCCUCCAAACAUAGCUAAUGUUGAAAAGGAUGUGAUUGCUCCUUAUAAACAUUUAAUCAGUUCCUAUGUCAAUGACAACUCGGACUUUGAUAGCCGCCCAACAUUGCUGUACUUCCAAGGAGCUAUAUAUAGAAAAGAUGGAGGUUUGGCAAGGCAAGAACUAUUCUAUCUUUUGAAAAAUGAAAAGGAUGUACAUUUUUCCUUUGGAAGCAUUCAGAAAGAUGGAAUUAAGAAAGCAACAGAAGGCAUGCGUGCUUCCAAGUUCUGCCUCAACGUAGCUGGUGACACCCCUUCAUCAAAUCGCUUGUUUGAUGCAAUUGCUAGUCACUGUGUUCCUGUCAUCAUCAGUGAUCAAAUUGAGCUACCAUAUGAAGAUGUCCUUGAUUACUCUCAGUUUUGCAUAUUUGUUCGUAUUAGUGAUGCCAUCAGAGAAAAUUAUCUGAUAAACUUCAUAAGGGGUAUUGGCAAAGAAGAAUGGACCCAAAUGUGGAACAAGUUGAAACAGGUUGAACAUUUCUUUGAAUUUCAUUUCCCUUCUAAGGAAAAUGAUGCUGUCCAAAUGAUUUGGCAAGCUGUUGCACGUAAAGUUCCUGCUAUAAAAUUGAAGGUAAAUAGGUCUAGGAGAUUUUCUAAGUCGCCUCCAAGCAUAGACAAUGGACUAAAAUCAAUACCUGCACCAAGGAAUUUUUGGUAA